CUCGGCUCAUAGGACGCGCCUCUUAGCAGGCACUUGCUCAAUCUGACAACAACCAUCCAUGCGUUAUGGAGCCACAAACGAAGAGAAAGCGUACGACAUAUCCCUCACACGUCGAGUCUUUCAAUACCUGGUCCAACCAUGACGACCUUCUCCAAUCGAGGUUUUCAAGCAACUUGCCGCCCACUUCGCAAAAAACACUAAGAGCAAGAGCAUCUACCUCCAACGAUACUGAGCUUUAUCGAUCUGGAAGUGGUCUGUUUGAGCACACCGUCGAUGACGAACUUGAACAAGUUGUAGUGGCAGUGGAUGUGAGAGAUUCGGGUACCGUCGGCUGUUCCUAUUAUUCUGCGUUGGAAGAGAAGCUAUACCUCCUAGGCGAUCUACGCUAUUCCACUAAAGAGAUUAUCGACAGUUUGAUCCUCCAGACGAAGCCUACAGUACUCUUGAUAUCUCCUCGUGUGGAUCCAAACAACCUCCAAGAAAGACCGUGGCCUGAACGAAAUAGCGAUACACUCUCCUAUGUGCCCUACCAACUCGAAGUCCGUCCAUCGCAAGAAUUCAACUUUUCCAACGCAAAAACCAGAUUGAUUGCUUUGGAUAUAUCCUCAAGGCAUGAGCAUCGCAUUAAGUUCUUAGUGCCACACAGUGGGUUUGUUGAUGGGGAACAAUUGGAUGCCGAGAAUCUGGACCUCACUUUGCAGGAAGGCAAGCUUUUGAAUGUGUACGGUUCCGUCGAUAUGGAAAACAGUGUGACGAUUGGAUGCGCCGGUGUCAUUCUCGCUUAUUUACAAAGGCGUCGGGCGUCCAUGUCGAUAUCCAACGAUAGAGCCUCGGGAAUCCUCAGAGUAUCAUCUGUGGAAAUGUUCGCUCUAACUGGAACUAUGUUUGUCAACGGCAGAACCUUACUUUCGCUCCAAAUUAUGGAGUCCGAAUCCCACCCCAGUAUGGUGAAUCAUGGGCCAGGAAGGAAAUCUACUUCAUCAAAAGAAGGGCUAUCGGUUUAUGGCCUGUUCCAGCGCUUUGCAUGUACACCCCAAGGAAGGAACCAACUGAAGCAGAUGUUCCUUCGUCCGAGCGUGGAACUUGACGUUAUCAACGAGCGGCAUUCCUUCAUUGGUGUGUAUCUUAGGACUGACAAUUUUAAUCCUUUCGACAAAAUGGUCAAAGGCUUGAAGCAUAUUAAGAACCUCCAUUAUGUGAUGAUUAAUCUUCGAAAGGGCAUCAGUACCGGAAGCGGGAAGAUUAUGGGUUUCAAGGCGACUGUGUGGGCUACUUUGCUGGCCUUUGCCUUUUAUGGCAUCGACAUUUACGACGCUUUGCGAGAGACUUCGGGUGGGACUAACCUAGCUUUACAUAGCAAGGCGCUCCGUGCUUUUGAGGCAGCUCAACUGUACAAAAAGGUCGACAUUGAUAGCUCUGAGGAACAAGGCAGAACGGUUGUGAAGCCUGGAAUAGACAGGGACUUAGAUCGGAUCAAAGACAGAUAUGACGGCCUGAACAGCCUUUUGAAGCAGGUUGCGAUAGAGAUAGCAACUACCAUCCCCGAGAGUUACGAUAUAGAUGUCAAUGUCGUUUACUUCCCGCAACUCGGCUUCAACAUUGCAAUCCCACUGAAUAAUGCGGGAGACGCCGCUUACAGAGGCGCCGAAAAUGAGUGGGAGCUUAUGUUUUUCACAGAAAACAGAGCUUAUUUAAAGGACUUCAGGAUGAGGGAGAUGGAUGACAAAUUAGGUGACAUCUACGGGAUAAUCUGUGAGAGGGAGAUUGAGAUUGUUUACGACCUUGCACAAAGGGUACUGCAGUAUGAAAAAGUCCUUUUGGAGGCAUCAGAUAUAUGUGGGCAAAUAGACAGUCUACUUGCAAUGGCUCAUGCAGCUAGCUCCUACAAGUUGGUGCGACCUAAGAUGGUGCAGGAAGAUGUUAUCAAGAUCAAGGGUGGCAGACAUAUCCUACAAGAGCUGACAGUCUCGUCUUAUGUGCCCAAUGAUACCUAUCUAAUUGGCAGAAGGACACAGAGAGAGUCGUUGGAACCAAUCUGCUCAACACUCAAGCCAUACGAGAAUGAGUGUGAACCAAGCAUGCUACUACUUACAGGACCGAAUUACUCUGGGAAGAGCGUUUACAUGAAGCAGCAUAAUAGCUUUGUCCCAGCUGAAAGCGCAGAACUUGGGAUCAUCGACAAAAUCCUGGUCAAGUCGAACACUCAAGAUAGCGUCUCCCAAAUACAAAGUACCUUCAUGAACGAUCUGCAGCAGCUAUCAUUUGACCUGAAGCAGGUAACCGGCCAUAGUCUGCUGUUGAUAGAUGAGUUCGGUAACGGCACCAAUGAGAAUGAUGGAAUCGGACUGGCAUGCGGAGUCCUCGAGAACAUACUAAACCGUGAAGAUGCUCCCAAAGUCAUAGCUGCAACGCAUUUUCAUGAGAUUCUCGCAAACGAGUACCUCAAACCCAGGCAGCAGUUACAGCUCGGCCACAUGGAAGUCCGAGUGCAUGAAGAACCCGGUGAAGCUGAAGAUCAAAUUACUUAUCUUUAUAAUUUCCGCACAGGACGAAGCGAUCAAAGCUUUGGAACAAUAUGCGCUGCAAUGAACGGAAUCAGCCAGACUAUCGUCGAUCGAGCAAACGAAAUUGCCGCACUAUCUGCCCGUGGUGAAAAUCUGAUUGCCGCUUGCGCUGUGCUUUCGACUCAAGAGACGCAGGCUCUGGAAGAUGCAGACAGAUUAGCGAGAGAGUUCCUGUCGUUGGAUCUUUCUGAGGCUUGUGAUGUUACUAAGUUGGUGAGGGAUAGGCUGGAGAGAAUGUUCGAUGGUUCUGGUGCGGGUCCUUGA